AUGAAGGACACCGCUGCCUUCGACGCCUAUGAGUUAUCACUCACCUCAUUCCUCACACUUCACAUUCAUAUAAUUCCUCAUAUUCUAUCGUUAAUCGAUAUACGCCCGUUACACAUUAUCAUUGCCAUUGUAUAUGUUGAGAUCCGGGGCAUCAUCAAUGCAAAGUCAGCUUUUACAGUGCCAGAUUUGAAUGCUUGCAAUUGA